UUGACGACAAGAUGGCGGUGAGAAUGAUAGAUUUAACUGCGCAACCACAAAGAUGCACUUUCACGGAUUCCCCACCUGAAGAAAUGAGUUAUGCUGAAGCCUUCUGGCACUCUGUUAGGCUUCAGCCUACAAUGGAAUCUAGACUCGUCUCCUCAGAUAUCAAACAGAGAUUGGGGAAGAAGAAGAAAAAUACGUCGAAAUCAAGUGUCACCUCAGGACAGCAAUCUGUUAAUAGCGAAACCAAGCUGAAGGAUUUUUUCAUCAGGGCCAGGACGCUGGAGCAAAUGGCUGAGCUGGACAGAAUCCGGAAAUUAUCUGAGGCCCGUCUUCACGACAGAAAUAUGUUACACAGGAGAAGAGAAGAGAGAAUUAAGAAAGAGGAGAUAUCUAGAGACAGAAUCCAACAAAGCAGUGCAAGAAGUGUCGCUGUCUAUGAAGAUGCAGAGGAAAACAGGAAAAUUGGAGAUGCUUACAGUAUUGAGGAGAUGAUCCGCGAUAUUGAGGCAUUCGAGAAAAAGAAGGAAGCUUCCAGAAAUGAAUCAACGACGACAAAAUUGACUGUGCUCAAUGAGAAACCUGAAUAUCUGUAACGUAGAUUUCUGGUAUUUAUAAGUUCAUACUUUCGCCCUUUUACUUCCACUGAACCUGCUCUGUUUUAUGAGGAGACCGAAACAUUCUCAGGCCAGGUAGUUGAUUGGUUCAGUCUGAUACAAGCUAUUCUUGACUGGCAAA